AUGGCGUCCUUGCGUGGAAAUUGCUCCUUCUCUCUACAAUAUGCGGAAGAAAGAAGCAGUAACUUAUUGCAUCGGCACAAAUUGGCAAAGAAUAAGUCCUUUUUCAAUCCUAAUCGGAUUCGUCGAAUCGCCAUUUCUGCGAAUUGCACUGACACAAAUAGAAUAAAUCUGUCGUCAAAGCCAUCUCUUUUUCAUCAUAUUGUCGAUUCCGAUCAAUUGAAGAGUAAUAGCUAUAUUCAGCAUAAUAAAAGGACCCCGGACGAAGAAGCUGAGGUUAUUUCUGAAGAACUCGAUCGGUGGGUUAAAGAUUCUGCCGUUGAGAUCGUGAGUAACCUCGAUGAAGCCCCUUUUCUUGUACAUGUAUAUGGUGACAAUGGCAAUAGAUCAAAUCGAGCAACGGGAAUUAAAUUGGUUAGAGAAAAGGCCAUUGCGGAGGAUUGGCCUUUUAUCCAAAAAAGAUGGGAGGGAGGGAGUCCCACCCCAAAUGGUAUUAUGUUGGUGGAAGAACUUAGCAAUCAAGAACCCGAACCCGAACAAAAACUAGGCAAAGAGAUGCUCGAAAUUAAAGAUCAAUCGCCUUCCUCGACUAAGGCAUGGGGGAUACUUAUCCAAGGAAAACGACGAAAUUGUACAGCUUGCUACCUUCUCAAGACUAGUCAAGUUCAAUCUGUGGCAGGAUUCUGCACUCAUUUUUGCUUAGUUAGGGUUGAUUGUUUUGUAGAACAUGCUGAUAUUCUUCUGAAGAAAAUGUGGUUGCAAUGCCCUUAA